AUGGGUGAUGUUCCUAUGGAGCCUCUUGGACCAGAUAUUCCCGAUGAUUCCAACCCUUUAUUCGACAUGCGCACCCCUUCACCAGUCACAUUCGCGGCAUCAGUUGACCCAGAUGCAGUUGGAAUAUCCCCCGCUUUGCAUUCCCACACUCCUGUUCACAUGUCGCGAAGUCCUAGUCCCCUCCUUCAGGAACGCGAACUGGGAUAUUAUGAGGACCCCGAUGACGAAGAAGUCCAGCGUGUCCUUAGGAUGUCUGGUCUGGACCCGGAGAGUGUCCCUGUCAUGGGCAAUGCUGACAUGUCAACUCCAGAACGACAAGAGAGCGUCACAGCAGCCGGUGCAGAAAUACGUGCGACCUGUGUCGCACAGCCUCCAGAGCAUGAGCUCGACGAUCCGGAUUCAUUCAUAGAUACAAGGAAGUUACCGCCGCUCGGAACGCGGCUAUCUGAUGAACGCGCAUAUCUCGAAUCCCAUCCGAAAUGGUUCGUACGUGCAAUAUUGAUGGUUGUGGGUAUCCUACACACAAAGUACCAUGUUACCUUUCGAGCGUCGUCGUUGAUUCUUUACGCAAUCCGCGCGAUUUUCAUCGCACUCCGCCUGUUAAACAAGGACGACUCGAUGCCUGCAACGCUCACCACUCUCCUGAAACGCCUCGAUUUGAAAGAUCGCUUCCAUGUUCUACCUGUUUGCAAGGCAUGCAAAUCUCUCUUCGAGCCGACGAUCAACCGCAAGUCAGCAUGCCCUAAAUGCGGGGAGAAGUUGUUUCCUCCUAGCGAACAUGCAGCGGUUCGCGAGCUUCGACGUCUUCUUGGCAGAGAUCCACCCAAACCUCCCCCCAUUCUCGCGGCUCCGUAUGCACCACUCUCAGCUGAGAUCGCCGACUUCUUAAGUCACCCUGGUAUGGACAAGGAGGUGGUGGCAUGGGAGACAGAACCUUCACUUCCAGGCAGGUACUCACGCAUCAUGGAUGGUGAUGUUUGGAAGACGCUUCCGGGUCCUGACAAGAAGCCAUUCUUCAGUAAGGACGAAAGUAGGCUUCCGGAGAUUCGGAUUGGUGUGUCUAUGAGUCUGGAUUGGUUCUCCUGCUCACGUACAUCUUUUGCGCCAUCGCAUUCUUCAGGCCCGAUGGCCUUUUGCGUACAGAACCUACGCGAAAGUGUCAAAUAUCGACCACAAAAUAUCCUCGUUUGUGCGAUGACGCCGGGUCCUACAGAACCAACAGCGGAGCAAGUACAAAAUUAUCUCAAGCUUGUUGUUGAUGACUUGUUGAAUCUGUACGAGAACAGUGUUAUCAUGAAGACGCCUUCACAUCCAGAUGGUAUCUGUGUUCGUGUUGCCCUCGUAGCUGUUGUCUGCGAUCAUCCUGCGAUGUGCAAGGUCAGUGGGUUCGCCGACAAGAAUCAUGCUGAGGUACCGUGCACGAAGUGUCAUGUGAAGCAGAACCAGAUGUUCUCGGACGAAGGGUUAUCCAAUGGUUUUCCACUGCGCAAUGGUGAGGAUCACAAGCGGUUAGCACGAGAGUGGAAAAUGCUGUCAUCAGAGGCAGAGCGUGCUGAGUUCUUCAAGGCUCACGGUGUUCGCUGGACGGAGCUUGCUCGCCUACCGUAUUUCGACCCAGUUCGCAUGACCGUGAUAGACCCCAUGCACAACUUUCUACUUGGUGUUGUUAAAAAUCAGUGGUACGGGCGAUGGAUAAAGUAUAAUGCUCUCCGUGCAAACACUCCAAAGAUGAAGCGUGAACUCGCUAUCAUGCAUGAGUUUCUCGAGACGUUUGAGUCACCUCCAUGGGUGGGACGGCUUCCGCUCCAUGUCGGCGAACCUGCCGGUGGAUCGCUUUCUGCAGAUGAAUACAAGGCUCUAGCUAUUACCGUUGGCCCCCUGAUUCUACCGGUGAUAUGGGAAGAGUUCUGUCCAGAAGCAAAGGAGGACCAUCAGAAAGCACUGAAAAAAUGGAGAAAGGCAAAGAAGAAAUGA